GGUGGAGUUUGUAAGCGGGGCGGUGCUUCUCAGCGGCAAAGAAACAACCAAGUCGUCUCGUGCGUUGAUAUUUUUCAUCUGUUUUGGGGAGACACAUAAAAGGACAACUCUACAUUUAUAUUUAAGUCGAAGUCGUUACGUCUGUUUACCUUUUUUACAUUUUUGACGGUAAAUUUGUCGACACGGAGGAGGUAGGAGACUUGUGAACCCGAGGCAGUGACGAUUUUCAGGUGCAGCUUAAACCAGAUACACAUGGAUGUCAGGAGGAAGAGGCCCAAUGAUGCUGCCCAUUUCAAUCUACUCAGCUUCAGCACCAAAUAGUCACGUCAGCCAGCUGAGCAGGUACCCUAACAGCCACCACAACACGCCUGAAGAGGACGAUGAGACCAUGAGCACGGAGGAGCGAGAAGUCAGCGUUGUUCACAAGGCAGACUCCACCUCUAACCCUGAUGGGCCCCGCCCCCUUCCAGAGCACGCCACCUUCGCUGAUGACUCCCAGUUCAGCAGACAGAGGCUGGACGGAGAGCAGGAACACAAACACAACCACACUCUCCCUCAACCUGGCCCGAGCUACUUCUCAUACCAGCAUCCCCGCAGCUUGCCCGCUGGGUACAGCCAGCCCACUCCAUUCCCCAGCCAGGUCAAUGGCGCGUGGCUCCACCCGAGCUUUGCCAGCAGCUGGUCGGGGUAUCCCAAUAGCCUGCCGUCCUGUCUGAGCUCGAAAGAUUACUCCAGCUGUUCUGGAGAUAGCUGCCUCUCAGGGUGCAAGUCCCUGUCCCUCCCUGGAAGACCCAACACCAGUAUGAGCAGCUUAGAGCAGCCGCUGUCCCUGUGCUCCAACCCGCCUUUGGCCAACUUGUGUCGCCAUACAUUGCCUCCAUACUCGUGCUUGCCCCAGGGAGCUGCCUGCUGUGCGCAGUGCCCUGCAGAGGCCUUCAACGGGGGGCCUGUGGCCAACAAACCACCCUGGCCUCAGUACCACCCAGCUUACGGCCAGUACUAUCUUGGUGACAGCAGACUUCCUGGAGCUCCAUACACACAAAUUGGCCACAACGCUCCAGCUAAAGAGAAGCACCCUCCUUAUAGCACACCGCUCUCUCUGGAGCAGAGGAGGGUCUUUGUCACUUACGAAGCAGACAACGACAAGCAUGUCAAUGAAAUCAUCAACUUUGUUGCGUUGCUGCGACACAACGGCUUUGAUACGCAUAUUGAUAUUUUUGAGCAGCAGUUCAGGAGUAUAAGCAAGAUAGACUUCAUGGAGCGGUACCUCAGUGAGAAAGAGUACCUGAUCAUCAUCAUCAUCAGUCCCAAGUACUACGAGACAGUGACAGCCUCACCUUUUGGCCUGGAGAAUGACGAGAGGACCUUCAACACUGUCUACAUACAUAAACAGCUCCAGAAUGAAUUCAUCCAGAAUGGAAGCAAGAAUUUCAGGUUUAUUCCCAUUGUAUUCCCCGGGGCUAAAAAGUGUCACGUCCCUAACUGGCUUCAAAACACACACGUUUACGGAUGGCCACGCGAUCGGGAUGACAUUCUGCGGCGGCUGAUGAGGGUCGAGAAGUACAAUCCACCUCCUAUUGGGGAACUACCGACUAUCGUCUCCAUCCCCAUAUAGAGACCUCUGACCUGAAGACAGACUGGACUGAAAUCUUUGAAAAAAAACUUGCUUUCUGGAGAACUACUGCUCAUUGUUGAGGUGAACAGGCAUACAUAUGCAGGGUGUUUUAUUUUUACUUGAGCGUAAUUUGUUGUGAUGUUAAGGGUGCUGUGUGAACUUUUCUCCUGGGAUAUGUUGCAUGAGUGUAAUUAGUUCCUUUAAAUUCCACAUAAUGCACAGAAAAGUGCCGGUGUUGAUGUGAAAUGGAGGCAUCCAGACAAGCGUUUUGGUCUCUGCAGCUUGUGAAUGUGCACCACGCAUGCAUGUUUUUACCUCGACCUCUCUAUGUUCCACCUGCUACAACGCCACGAGUGAUGUUUACCUGUGCUACAGCGAGUUAAUUACUUUUACAGCCUGAUAAGUACAAUGUUGGAUGAAUUUGGAGUUGGAUGAGAUGGAUUUUUUUCAGCAUUAUUUGAAAUGUAUUUCUUCACAAGGUGUUUUUACUGGUAAACAAGGCGCUGACUUUUUGAAUGCUUAAAGAGCCAUGUUGUUUUUGCACAUUUUAGCCCUUUUACUACAAAUCACAACCCGCUGAUUUACCACGAGAGCAGUGGUGAUGUUAACCGUCAGAUUUCCUAAUUUAAGUUUAUGGUCUCUGCAAGUUUUCAUAGCGUGCUGAAACUAAUGAAACCACUGAAACCUAGAACACGUGGUUAUGUGUGUUAUGUAAUCAUUAUAAUCACAAAAACAUUAUUUGCGCAAAAAAAAAAAAAAGAGGGCUAGAACAUGCAAAAACAGGUAUUUUGGUCAAUUACUUACACUGUCGAACACCACAGCCAGAAGUUGAUGGUACAGACAUUUUUAAUUUUGUGUCUGCACUGGAACCAUUCUCGGUGGAUUAAUUGUUAAACUAAAAAUGUUAUAUUAAUUAAAACUGUAGAACUGCAUGGUCUGUUUGGUGGUGAUGGUGUGUUGGCCUGCAUCACAAGCUUGUCCCUACACUGACGUCUCCUCUGGAAAACACUCAGUGUUUUUGAAGCUUGCCCCAAACAUGAAUGUUACCCACAGACAAGCAGAGACCUGGGACUGGUUUGCCUGCAGGGUUAUAUGGGCAUUUUUCAAAUAGUGACAUGCAUUUUUCUGUUUGGGAAUGAGACAUGAUUAAUUACAGAGCUAUCAGCACACUGCUGCGUUUGAGUUUGUACUCCCUCAGAGAUCCAGCCGAGCUGCUCGCCUCAUUUCACUCUGGAGGAAUUCAGCCUGAGAGCAGAGUAGUAGAGCUACAGUAGAGUAACAUUCUGCUUCUCCCCAGCUUGUGUGGAAAGGCUCAAACAGGAUGUCGUAUCACGAUAACUAGCUGACACAGCUGCGUGCCUGGUGUGCGGUAGGGCUUCUUAAGAAUCUGCAGGUUUAUAGACUCAAAUGGGUCAUCACAACCUGCUUGCGGUUAGAGAAAAAUCGUGCAAAACUGUGACACAUUUAAAGAAAAUGUUUGUGUUCGCAGAAUAUUUCUUCAUCCCAGGUUGAGGUUAAAUAAAACCUGUUUCUUACCUGCAUCUGACACAACUGAUUAAAAAGCCGAGCGUCAAGACGUGGUUUAAUGGAUUUAUCUUCACAAGAGGUAACACUGCAGAUGUUCAUACAGACAUCAUAAAAAAAAUCUGAAUACAGUGUUUCAUAUAUUCAUCCAUAUAUUGAAAAGUACAUGAAAUAAUAAUUUUAAUAACAUAACAAAAGGACAAUGACAUCUGUAAUAAAAGUGGAUUACAAAGUGACAUUUGAUGUAAAUAACUUUUAAGAAUUAGGUAACAGAAAACAAAAUCAGAAAAUAGUUCCAUUUAACUGUAUGUAAAAACAUUGAAGUGCUAUUUGUUCAAAGCUACAAAAUACACUUAAAAAGCAGGAAGCGUUUUUAUUAAUUUCCUUCAAGGAAAAGUACUAUAAAAUAAGUUACAGUACAGUGAAUUUGUCCAAACUGACUUUUGUUCCCGUCUUCCAGCCUUUUUUAAGCACAAACCACAGAAGAAACUCAUACAGGAGUAAAGAGAUAGUUUCCUUAUGAGAGGCGUCUUCCCCAGAAAGGAAAUGAACAGCCUUGCCGUUGUCGAUAACUGUGUCAAGUGUGUUCAUGUUUAUAAUAGCCGCACAAACACUUCUGAAAAUGCGAAACCUUCUAAUCUUCAACAUCAUUUGCGUGUCACCCUGCCCGCGUCCGUGGUAGAAAUAACUUCAUGAGCUCAGAAAAUUUGACAAAUACUUCAUGUUUAGUCACAGAACACAGAGGCAAGCUCUCAUACAUCGUCAGCUGGCAAAGGAGGUAUGUUGAACCUUGGUCUAGUGAAAAAAGCCAUCUUCUCUCUGCAGACAAAGAAAACAAAACUUAUUUUCACACACAUUCUGAUUUAUUUUGUAAAAUGAAAGCCUGUUAUCCAGGACUGGUACGCAAAAUAAGGAUUGCUAAAUGUCUGAGAUGCCAAGAUCUCCACCUCCUGUUGACCAAAAUGAUUUCAUGACUACAAUCCUCUGUUGAAAACCUUGUUCUUCUUAAUGUAUAGUGGAUUUAAGGACACAAUAAAAUAAUAAAUACAUUUUCCAGCUUCUAA